ACGUCGUCGUUGUGGGGGGAUGGUUGGUUAUCAUUAAUACGAUGCGAUGCGAUGGCGAGCCGUGCAUCUUAGCUUUAAAGUAUAGCUCCUAUUUGAAACGCGCUUUAGUCACAUUUCGAAUUUCGCCAGCAACAGUACCGAAGCAGUCCAGAGCGAAGCGCGAAAGAUUGAAUAGUUGAACGCUUGAAGAUUACACGGAGUCUCUGUCUGUCCGCUGUCCCGUGAGUCAGGUGUCAGAGUGUGUCAGAAGUGUGAGUGUGUGGCGAAGUGUGUUUGUGAAGCAAAGAGAUGUCCCAGACCCUGGACGAUCUGCUGUUGCGGCAGGAGCACGCCCGGCAAUUGCGUCAGGUGAAUCGCUCCAAGUUUCGUCGCAUCAAUUCCCUGGACCUCAUACCGGAGCAUCCCAGCCAAGACGAGUCGGAGGAUGAGGAUGGUGCCGCUGCCGCUGCCGCUGCCGCUGCACCCCACAAGCAUUUUGUGGCCCUGCGGCGCCAGCGCACCGCCGAUGGUAGUCUGCUGCGCAGCCACUCCCAAUCCCAAUUCCAACAAUCCCAGGAGCGUCCACUAGGCACUCGCAUGCUGCUCUUUGGGCCCCAGCUGCUGAUGCGAGUCCUGCUGACGCUGCUCCGCUACAUCCUCUACAUCCCACUGUCCAUAGCGGCGCCCAGUUUCUGGCUAUCGGCUCUGCUUUGGAUCUUCUGGAAACUCCUGAGAGUGCCCAUUGCCAUGGUCAAGUGGCUGCUCAGCGGCGACGAGGAUGUGGCCACGCCGCAGCGACAGCGAACGAUACUCCUGAGCUGUGGCAGCACCAUUCAGACCCUGCAUUUGGCCCGAAACUUCUACGGAUCUGGUGCCCGCGUUGUGGUCUUUGAGUUCGAGGGACUCUUCGGACUGGCCCGCUUCUCCACGGCCGUGGACAAGUUCUAUGUGGUGCCUCGACCCACCAGCAGCAAUGCGGACCAGUACAUUGCCGCUCUGUGCCACAUUGUGAAGAAGGAGCGUCCGGCCGUCUAUGUGCCAGUGUGCGCCACCAGUCCCGCCUACUACGAUGCUCUGGCCAAGCCCCACCUGGAGGUGCUCGGCUGCGCCAGCUUUGUGCCCAGCGUACAGGAGACCCAGCAGCUGGACGAUUGCCUGCAGCUCUACCAGCGCUGCGAGGCCCAGCAGAUGCCACUGCCGGCCCAUGUGGUUCUUACGGCUCCGCGGCAGCUGCAGCAGAUCUACGAGAGCGGAUUUGUGGGCAGCUAUCGGAACAUCCUGAUGGCCGCCGGGAUGCAGGGGGUGCUGGAGCGGCACAAGUACAUUCUGCCCAAUCGCAGGGCGGAGCUAAAGUUCAGCCAGCACGAGAUAAGCGAUCGGCAGCCCUGGCUGGUGGUCAGAGAUCAGCCCGGCUAUCAUCACUAUGUGACCUGCACCACCGUCAAGGACUCACGUGUGGUGGCCAACGUGAGCUGCCGGGUGGAGCAUCACACCAAGAAUCUGGUGCCCUGCCGGCGCGACGAUGAGACCCAGAUCGAGAUCUGGCUGCACUCGUUCUUUGCCAAGGUGCGCUUCCAGCGCAGCAUCAAUGGACACAUUAGCUUUCGGCUGGUGAAGUCCCCCACCCAUGGCGGACAGUUUGUGCCGCUGGGCACCAGGCUGGGCGUGGCCCUGCCCUACAUCUGCCACAAUCGUUCGCAUGCCCAGCUCCUGUGCCAGGCCAUGAAGUGCAUCCAUCGGCGGGGCCUGCCCGAGGACGAUCUGACCAACUGGAGCUGGUCGUCGCUGGAGCGUAGCACUUCGACGACGGCGCUGGACAAGCGGGAGGCAUUGUUUGCCUACUGGGAUCCGUUGCCAUAUUGCGCCUACUAUCACUUCCAGCUGCCGCUCGAGUCCGUCAAGCUGUUUUUGCAGCGCCGGAAUCGCGAUCGCGCCACAACCAAAAGUUUAUCGCCCCGCAUCACGGUGCCGGUUCAUUGAACGACGGCCCACCAAUGGGGGAUGGGGGAUGGGGAGCCACUGCAGCCGGAUGCGGU